GGUAUUUUCCCAUCAAAAAAUCUUUUACAUUACAACAUACUUGAAAAAGACUUUUGCACAUAUUGGUUAAUUUCACGCAUCUGUGUGUGUAAACAACAACAAAGAAGGGGGGGACGUAAAAACGAAUGUCGCGCGCGAAACGACAUGUCGAAUGGGAUGAAGCAAAUCUAAUCGCGAAUGCCGAGUAUCAUCGCCUCCAUCCCGUCACAAAGCCAAUCGAUGAGCCGAAGACUCCAUACGUGUAUGGUGACGAUGGUGGUAUGGACACGGAUGAGGAUGAGCGGAAGGAGGCGCCGCACGAUGACUCGUGGGACCCUUCCACCAAUUUAUUCGUUCGGAAGCUGAAGGAGAAGAUUCAGGACUCCACUGAUGGGAAGCCUGUGGCUCCGAUUAGCAGUUCUGGGAGGCCUAUGCUGCUGCCUGGGACAGCGACCGGGGAGCUCGAGAAGAAAAAACACGAGCACGAAUUUAAGAUGAUGCGUCGUGCGGUCUACGCAGACGAGGGCAUUAAAUUUAGGGAAAUGCUCGCCCGCAAGCACGACGACGACGAUGAGGAUUAAAUAAGUGGGUGCGUGUAAACAAAUAGCUUUGGUGUUACGAGAAAUAAAAAUAACAUAAAUGAUAGAAACGCAUCAUCGUUGUAUUCUUUACAAGUAGAAAAAUAAAUGAGUAAGCAUCACGGCGGAAGUAUAGACAAACACAAAAAAAUUGUGAGCGCAUUAUUUUGAUCUUCCUUUUGAUAAGAUUACAGUUAUAUUUGCUGUUUUCUACUUCAUCAAAGUUUGAUACAAAAGGCCUCCUAAAGAAAUGCAAACUCUGAGAAUGAAAAUUGCUUGUUUGUUGCCCUCAAGGAAGGGAGACAUAUAUUAUUAUUUUUUUGUGUGUCCAAUACUUUAUUUUGGUCGGAAUUUUUCUUUUGCAUGUUGCCUAAAAUUUUACCAGACUUCCUUUGCCUGCACUAUUCAUAAUAAUCUAUUAUAUAUGAAUCGCAAGAUCAAGCAGUUCAAUGGUAAGCUAUUAUUCACACAUUUUUGCGUGAAACUCAUUCUCUUUUUAAUCUAUAUUUACACUAAUACUGUCACUUGCAAGAUACCUUGUGCAAUGCGUUUCUUCACGGAAUCCGGACAGGCAAGUUUGUACAUGUACAAUGUGCUAAAAUACUUUCCAAAAUUCUAAAUCGUAAUAGUCUCCAAUCAGAAUCUCAAAAACAUGUACUAAUGGCAUUUUUUAUCCCAUUGAUGGGAAGUAUU